AUGGCGCAAGGACGUUUCGGACAGACCCGAUACACCACGCAGGGAAGCGGACUACAAUCGGAAAACGAUUCCGCGGUCUCACUGCGGGUUUGUAGUCAGUACAUGACAUGUGGACGGUCCCUAAUCGCAAUCGUUCAGCAAUACGUCACUGACGAUCAACCGCCACCACCAGUCACCAAAGAAACUGUCGUCACACUCGAGCCAAUUUACGACAAGGAAAAUAGCUACUCUCAAGAGGAGUUACUGAAGCUGUGUGUGGAGACGAGGCGAAUCGGAGAGAAGUUCGGCAUUCGUGACGUGUCGUCGUUUGCCGGCAGCAAUUGUGCUCUCAUCCGCCUCUAUUAUCCAGACGUCACAUGCGAACAAAUCAAUGUCUUUUUACAAUACUGUCAAACUACCGGGUCAAUACUGUGA